UCCACCAAGGACAUUGGGGUAUAUGCGUACGAAACAACUUGCUCGUCAGCACUGUACUUGGUUCGGAAUCGAUGCUGCGAUUACGAAUAUGUGCUCUUCUUGCAUGGCGUGUGCCGAACAACAAUCCGCACCGCCGCGGAAAUUCUUUGCAUGGCCGAAAGCCACUUCCCCUUGGCAACGCUUACACGUAGAUUUUGCUGGUCCAUUCUGGAAUGCUCGAUGGUUGGUUGUUGUCGAUUCCUUCAGUAAUUUUCCUUUUGUUGUCCGGAUGUCUUCCACGACGUCAUCUGCCACCAUCCAAGCGUUGUCUGCUAUCUUUUGCAUUGAAGGUCUCCCACAGACUAUUGUUUCCGACAAUGGUCCACAAUUCAUGUCCGCAGAAUUUCAGUCAUUCUGCCAGGCCAAUGGUAUUCAACAUCUGACAUCCGCGCCGUUUUCGCCUCAGUCAAACGGUGCCGCUGAACGUUUGGUCCGGACUUUUAAGUCGCAGAUGUUGAAAUUGAAAGAGUCGCAUUCUCGGGAGGACGCCUUGUUGCUCUUUUUGUCUUCCUAUCGCUCUCAGCCCCGCGAUGGUCGCUCGCCGGCUGAGUUGCUUCACGGUCGUCCUCAUCGAACCUUGAUGUCUUUGCUGCAUCCGCCGCAUCAGGUUCCUGUGCAGCGGCAGACUCCUGCUUUUGCUCCUGGCGACGUCGUAUUCUAUCGUACUUAUCGCGGUUCACGGCGUUGGCUCGCAGGGCGCAUUCUUCGCUGCCUCGGCCGCGCGAUGUAUUUGGUUUUGGGGGCCUCUGGUGAGGUGCGUCGGCAUCUCAAUCAGCUGCGCCUCUGUCGUCGCCUGGGUUCUGCCGCUCCCCGUCUGCUUUCAGCGACGGAGCCGUCCGGUCAGCGCCCUGGGGACCCAUCUACUGGCUCGCCUCAUCCCCAGGUGUUACCGACGAUGCCUUCCAUUUUGCCCCAUGGCGUCGCGUCGCCGCCGCCGCCGCCGGCGCAGCCCACGGAGGACGCUUCGCUGCAGCCGCCAUCCGCCUCCCUGGGUCACGCGCCGCCGAUCGCUUCCCGUGACCAGCUGUCCUCCGCCAUGGAACACUUGCCCUCUCCGGACCACAUGGCGUCAUCGCGCGUCGGAUGCCCCGACGCAAUGGAGGUCGAGCCUUCGGCCCCUCCUGUCUCAUUACGGGCGCAUACGCCGCAUGUUGACGUGCACCCUGGAGUAGGUUUCCAGGCGUUUCCUAGCUCCCCUCGGACCGAAUGGCCGGGUGCGGGUGGCACAGCCUCGCCUGUUGUCAGGCUCCCCACCUCAUCGCAUACGUCAACAUGGGGCCCUCCCCACGGCGGGCGGAAGCCUUAUAACACGACCGUUCGCCGAUUUGCGGGGGAGGAAUGUGGUGUCACCGCCAGACACCACACUUGCUAGGUGGUAGCUUAAAUCGGCCGCGGUCCAUUAGUACAUGUCGGACCCGCGUGUCGCCUCCAUCAGUACUUGCAGACCUAGCGCCACCACAUGGCAGGUCUAGAAAGACGGACUAGCACUCGCCCAGUUGUACUGACGACAUUGCUAGCGACUAGACGUACGAAGCCUUCCUCUCAUUUGCCGAGAGACAGUUAGAAUAGCCUUCA